AUGGCUUCUUCUUCUACACAGACUUCCUCCUAUGCACGGCGUCGAGUCUCUUCUGCUGCGUCCACAAAACCCAGGCUCAUUGCCGAAAUCAAGCCUCUCCUCGAUUCGCUCGAGGCCUCUGCCUCGGACCCAGACAUACUUGUGCGGUUGCAAUGGCUUUCUCUGAUAAAGCGUAUACUUGUGGACUCUCCAGAAGCUAAAGAUACCUUUAGAGCCUUGGGAGGUUUCAACUAUCUUAUAUCUGCACUUCAUUCGUGCUCCGGUUUUUACAACUCUACAAACCGAACAGACGAAGAAAAAAACCAUUUUAUAGAGUUGAUCAAAUGUCUUUUCGGUGUGAUUUCUGAAGCCUUGUUGGAUCAUCCAGGUAACAAGCGAUUUUUUGCGAGAAAGAUUGGGUGGGAUAGCCUAGAGCAAGGCCUCGCAGCAACUGGACUACCAACUGAAGCCCCAGAUCAUUUGUUUGGGCUGCUUCUAGCGUUUGGGAUGGACGAUUCAACGUUAUCGAGUUUGGUGGUUUCCGUGAAAAGAGGUAUGGGGGAUACCAAGAAAACAGGCAAGAUUACGGGCAAAGCCACAGACAAGCAUGGGAGUGAAAUGGAAUCUGCCAGAGCAAAGGUGAAAGGAAACUUUGGGAGUAAAGAUAUCUUGAUGAAUGCGGAGAUAAUUCCUUUGGUUCUCAGCUUCCAAAUGGCCAUGGCUCAAACGGAGGAUUCGACUAUAACCACCGUUGUGGUUUUGCAGGCAUUGCUUUCCAUUGCUUGCUGUAGCAAGUUUAACUUAGUCGCUAUGCACUCGACUGAAGCGAUAAAAUCUUCUCGUGGGCCACCACAUAUCCAGUUUGAUCUUUCGCUUCAUGGGUUUGCAUCCAUGGAGCUUUCUUCACUCGGUCGAACAUUCCCCCCUACCCAAACGAAUGGAUAUACAUUUUCUGCGUGGGUGUGUAUCGAUGCUUUUGACUCUUCCAUGCACACAACACUCUUUGGGGUUUUCGAUUCAACCCAGCGCUGUUUCGUUCUGGCGUAUAUAGAGCAGGACACUCGGAAAUUUAUUUUGCAGACUUCUGUUGCGUCCCCAAGGGCAAGCGUUAGGUUUAAAUCGACGGUUUUUGAGUCAAAGAGAUGGUAUCAUAUCUCACUUGUUCACCGACGCGGCCGAGCAACUUCAGCAUCUAAGGCCGCGCUUUAUAUAGAUGGUGAAUUUGUAGAACAAGUCAAAGCUACAUACCCCCAACCUCCACCCACCUCGACAACACCUGUUCAGGUCUUCCUCGGCACACCCUCGGAUUUAUCCCCUCGUAUUGGAAGAGGUGUUGUUUCCUCAAAAUGGAGCUUGGGAACAGCUCAUUUGUUUGAGGAUACCCUCUCUGAUGACUUGAUUGCUGUACACUUCCGACUUGGUCCUCGGUAUUAUGGAAACUUUCAGGAUACAUUGGGAUCUUUUCAGACAUACGAAGCAUCUGCUGCGUUAAAUAUGAGAAAUGAACUCAUGCAUCCUGGGAAGGAAGAAAAAAGCGAUAUUAUCUCCGCAAUAAGACACAGGGCAUCAGCUAUCCUACCCGAAGUCAAGGUAUUACUGAACAUAUCUGCGUCUCAAGUUCUCGAUGACAAGGAUCACAAUAACAUCGAUGAAUCCCAACUUGUAAAAUCACUCUCUAGGGAGGCCGCGAAGAACCUUCAAUCCUUAACCCGUGCUGGGGCGGUGGCUAUAAAUGGUGCAGUGCCCUCGAUUAACGAAGCAUUGUGUCUUUCUUAUGGAGUUGCAAUAAUGACAGGAGAGCCCAUUGUUGUUGUGCCCCAAUCACUAGAUGAUGCAUCAUGGAGAAUUGGGGGUGCAGCAGCAGUUGGGUUGAAAAUGGUUGAGGUUGCGGUGACGCCAAAGCAGGUGUGCAGAGCGGUUGAGAUAUUAUUUGAAAUCACCAAAGCGUCCUGGAGAAAUAGUGAAGCUAUGGAAAGAGAUAAUGGCUUCGCGAUUCUUGGAAAUCUUAUACGGAAUAAAGAAGGGAAAGGUGUAGUGGGGAAAGAAUUGCUGCACAUUGUUUUGGACUUUGUUGGGUUCCGACGUGAAGCUCCAGAGGAAAGCUUCAUUGUCAACCCACUUGCGUAUAGAAUACUACUGGUUGAUUUUGACAUGUGGAGGAAAGCAGAUAUCGAAACGCAAAGGGAGUAUUUUUCCCAGUUUGUAACCUUCUGUCACGGGAGCAAGUACCACCAUUUCAAUUCAAAGAGGCUAUUCCGUAUGAGGAUUGUCAAGAAACUUAUGUUUGCACUGAAGGGUGAAAUGUUUUCCCGCGAAAUUCUUCCUGACUUUAUGACCGCAUUUAAGGCACUCAUAAAAACUAAUAUGUCUGCGGAUGUUCUCCGAUCUUUGGCUUUGUUUAUAACCUAUUCUCUCCACAAGAACAAUCCAGCCCGCCCGUUGAAAGUUAAGAAAAGUAACGUACAGCUUCGACGGCAAGGUACACUUGGAUCGAGUCCUUCCGGAAGUGUCAACUUAGCGCCCCCCGUCAAGGUUGUCAAUGACUUGAGUGUGGAUGGAUUCACCCGACAGCAGAUUGGUGUUAUGGUUCUCGAGAUGUAUCAAGACCUACUUUUUGAAGAUGGAAACAGCACAGGAAACCUGAAGAAAUUUGCGAGGACUGUUACCAAUAAGUGGUUGCUCUACCUAUUGGCAGAGAACGAACCCAAGGUUGUACUUCUGGGAGCGAAAAUCUUGGCAAGACUUCUAGUCGUUCAUGGAGGUAGCUAUGUUACAAAGUUCGCCUCAAAAACCGGUGGCUUUGUUAUUAUGCGAAAUAGAUUGAAAAGGUGGUGGAACGUAGCGCCUCUCUGGCCGAUCUGUUUUUCGAUUCUAUUCGGAAAGGAUGUAGCCAAAGUCGAUAUUUCGAGGCCUCUAGAUUUGUAUGGCCUUUUAGAAUUGUUUUCGGAUGGAGGAAAGGCGAGGGUGAUCUAUCCAGAGGUUUUACCAGUCAUCGCGGGAAUGUUGAGAGCUGGGGUGGGAACUAUCGUCUCUGAUCAAGGUGAAGACAAUAAUAAAGAGGCAAAUGACCUGAGCAAGGAGGAGGAUGGUAAAUUACUACCCACUCCACCAGUGAGACGAAGGUCAAUCUCUCUAUCUUCUCCGCAAGCUCCAAAAACAUCAGAAAAGCGACUGGGAGAGUUAGCCAAGAUGCUUCAAACCAUCAUACAAUUCCUUUCGAACCUACACUCAACUUGUCCAGGUUUCCGCGAGUAUUGCGCCAACUCCACAUAUGUACAAGAGUUAUUCGGAAUACUUUUCCCGGUUGUUUGCAGUUCAGAUCAUGUUAGCGCUGAAACAGAGCUCAAUUCGAAAGACUCAGCAUUGACAUUCGACGGUGGAGAUGUUGUGAUUAGACCCCUAUCAUCGAAUACUGCACCCCCGAUAGUUAGGACAAUGACAGUGGAUGAGCCCCCCAGCCCAACUGCACCCAGAUCUGAAAGAUUGAGGAGAGGAUCCAGCUUUAUUUUGGUGACCUCGGAGCCCACUGCAUUUUCACCAUCCAUGGCACGCUUAUCACCAGCUAUCGGCACAGGGCUGAAUGUCAAUGGAAGGGUAGCGACAUCAUUGGCAGUUACGAACUCAGUUGUGGAGAGUUUAUUGGAACUUGUUAUGGGGGUGUUUGCAGACUUAGUUUUGGAAAGAAGGGAGUUUUCUGGAUUUGGAUUGAACACAAAGAUUCCACCAGGGUUUCAGGAGCAUCAAAUCUACUUCGAAACCUAUUUGCUUAGAAAUACCCUGAACCACCUAACAAAUUCCCUAGGCUUCAACAUGGCGCUGCUGUGUGAGCCUAGGGUCUUGACGAAUAUUGGAAGAUUCACACUCCAUGUUACAGAUUGUGUUUAUGAAGGUUGGUUUUUGAACGGCGCUGAAGCAUUACUGGAUUUCGUCGGAACCGUCUUGGAAUAUCUUCAGCGGCCUGAAAUAGCAAAGAAAAAGAGUGUUCGUCUCUGCAGCCAAACGGUAACAAGCCUGAGAACUGUUGUUUCACGACUGGUUCUUUUUAGACUUUCGGAGCUUGAGGACCCAAAGUCGGAUGCAAAGCUAGUGGUCGACUUUCUUGGAAAGAUUAUGUACUGGCAAGCAGUCAUAUUUUCCCCUGAUAAUACAGAUGGAGACUUUACACGGCUUAUAUGCUAUUUGCUGUACACGCGGCUUAUUGGUCAGAGAGAGGACAUCAAACUUGCAGCUGUUAAUAUGUUGCGAAUUGUUCUGGUGCAGAAACCGACGGAAACCUCAGCAUUGUUGAGCCAAGCCAAGAGUGUGGACCAUAAGCAGCUAUCAUCAGGUUUUAAGAAAUUGAUGGAGCUAGACAGUGAUACAUGGUUGUACUGGAUCGAUGAUCAUCGAGAGGAACUCGAUGCCUUCUUUUGCGGUAUUCUUUCAAAGGCGUGGGAAGCUUUUGUUGCAGACGAGAAUAAAAAAACCGAAGAAACCGCUAAGAAUCGGGUCACCAAGCGUAAGGAGAGACUUAAGCAAUGGAUUUUGGAAGAUAUGAAUAACGAGGACGUUUAUGGUCGUCAUGAAUCCGCCUCAACUCAUUGGAUGGCCAACAUAUACGCUUCGGAACACCUCAAAUUCCAAAGAGCAACCCAAGACCAACAGGAUAGUCUCAGUUAUGUCGUUUCUAUGUACUCUAAACUUGAGGCAGAGCUUAUGAGGCCCUGCGGACUCCUUGAUGAUGGACAAGAAACCAAAUGGAGGCUUGAUUUAACUGAAGGAAGGAAUCGCAUGCGAAUGCGUAUGUUACCGGAUUCGAGGGCCCACCUGCAUAAUUAUCAACCAAAGAGAAGGCUUACUGGGGGUUUAUCUGAAAGUGCUAGUCGGAGUAGGAAUCAUGCACUAUCCGUGGAAGAUGACGAAAUUAGUAUCAUCACUACCAGGGAAACGGAUUCCAUGGAUCAAUCACAUCACAACCCCGCUCGUGAUGGCGGAGAGGAUGACUUUGAUGAGGAUUACGAACUAGUGGAUGAUCCGAGAGAGGACGACGAGGGAUGGGAGGACAAGAACAGGAAAGUUAUGAGGACCAUUCAGCACGGUGAUGUUGUGGAAUAUGUUCACAAUGUUUCUAAGCUCGUGGGACUGGAGGCUGUGGAGGGCCUUCUUAUUCUUGGAAAGAACUGUCUCUACCUCAUUGACAACUUUUUUCAAAGAUCCGACGGCGAGAUUGUAAACGUUUGGCAGGCACCUAAAGAUGAGAGAGAUCAGUACCUUCAGAUGAUUUCGGGGAGGGAAGCAGACGAUCCAAAGCCUUUGAAUGUUAACAGUGACCACGAGACAAGACACUGGCCAUUUGAGGAUUUGAUCAGUAUCAGCAAAAGACGAUUUCUCUUCAGAGAUGUGGCAUUGGAGCUCUUCUUUACUGAUGGCAGGAGUUAUCUUUUGACCACUAUGUCCGUUAAAGACCGGGACUUCUUGCAUUCGAAGCUUUUGUCAAAGGCUACAAAUGUCAAUGGGGGUUCAGCAACACUUUACACAGGAGAAGCAUGGAGGAUAGACUCACUCAAAACUCAAGAUAAUACAUCUAAUUUUGGCUCAAAGCUUGUCAAUGUGUUUUCUUCAAGCUCUCCGAACCCCGCGACAAGAAAAUGGAUGAAGGGCGAGAUAUCAAACUUUCACUACUUGAUGCUUGUCAACACAAUGGCCGGAAGGACCUUCAACGACCUCACACAAUAUCCUGUUUUCCCAUGGGUUUUGGCAGACUACACAAGUGAAGAACUUGAUCUAUCAAAUCCGAGAACCUUUCGAGACUUUUCGAAACCAAUGGGGGCGCAAACUCCUGAAAGACAGCGGGAGUUUCGGGAGAGAUAUCGGUCUUUUGAAGAAAUUGGAGAUAGACAAUCGCCUCCUUUCCAUUACGGAACACAUUUUUCAUCAGCCAUGAUCGUUUGCUCAUACCUUAUCCGUCUCCAACCUUUUGUUCAGUCAUAUUUGCUUCUUCAAGGAGGGCAGUUUGAUCACGCGGAUCGACUUUUCUAUUCGAUUGAGAAAGCCUGGACUUCAGCUUCGAAGGACAAUAUGACUGAUGUUCGGGAACUUAUUCCUGAGUUCUUUUUCCUACCGGAAUUUUUGGUCAAUUCAAAUUCAUACAAUUUUGGCAUGAAGCAAGGUUCAGACGAAGCAAUCGACUCUGUCGUUCUCCCACCAUGGGCAAAGGGUGAUCCGAAGAUUUUUAUCGCAAAACAUCGUGAGGCGUUGGAGAGUCCAUAUGUUAGUCAGCACCUCCACGAGUGGAUCGACCUAGUGUUUGGAUUUAAACAACGUGGAGAGGCAGCAAUUGAGGCGACAAACGUAUUCCACCAUCUAUCAUAUCAUGGCGCUAUCGACCUGGACAAUAUACAAGACCCUGUGGAGAGGUUGGCGACUAUCGGCAUCAUUCAUAAUUUUGGACAGACCCCUCACCAAGUCUUUACAAGGACGCACCCUAUAAGAGAGGAAAUCACACAUAAGUAUGCGAGAUUGGAUGUCGGCGCGGAGUCUUUGAUUCGACUACCCUUCCCAUUGCUUGAUAGCCAUGAACGAGUUCAAGCCUUGGUACAUUCGUCAAAGUAUGAGCGUGUAUUCUGUUCAAACGCCUUCCGAUUGAAUAUGCCACCAUCAUACGAUAAAUACAUGGAGUGGGGCUUCGUAGAUGCAAGUGUUAGAUUUUAUCACUUUGAGAGCAAAAAGCUUUGUGGACAUCAUGAGCAUCUGCAUCAAGGACAAAUUUCAACUGCUGUUUUUGCCGACCACAGAACCUUGGUAACAGCAGGAACCGAUGGCACUAUCUCAGUUUGGCAGGUUCAGGCAACAUCGAAGUCGGUUGAGCUUCAACCAAAGGCCUGUCUCUUUGGCCACGUCAAUCCUGUAAUUGUCAUGGCGGUUUCGAGAUCGUUCAGUGUUCUUGUCAGCGCUUCCAACGAUAACACAGUUCUUGUAUGGGACCUGAAUAGGCUUCGUUUUGUGAGGCAACUGAAAGCAGAUUCUCCUGUGAAGUGUGUAAGUGUCAAUGAUGUCACGGGGAACAUCGUUCUUUGCAAAAAUCCAGAUGUUAGCAUCUACUCUCUGAAUGGCGAUCAUAUCUUGACGCAAAGUAUCUGUGAUGGGCCGGACGACCAGAUAUUAUGCUGUGCUUUCUACGAAGGGCUGGGGAACGAAUGGCUGGAGCGCGAACUACUCUUUACAGGCCAUAGGCGCGGUAUUGUUAAUAUCUGGCAGAAGUCAAUCAGAAACGGGCGGUUUGUACUGAUUUUGGUGAAAAUGUUGCACCAUGUCAAUCAAUUCCACAGUGAAAUACAGGUAUCGGCGGGUAUCACGGCAAUCCUUCCAAUGCCCCAAGCAGUGUACUCAGGCGAUGAACAGGGGAGAGUCUAUGAAUGGGAUUGCCAAUUAGUUCAAAGGAGUCAGUCACCGGCUCUUACUCGGUAG